AUGAAUGGUGAAUAUGUGAAAGGUGCCACGGACGCCCUGGGCAGUGGAAGCCAAUUCCCCAACUUUUCAAAUUCUUCACUUCUUCCUGAAGAACAAGAAACGGACCAAACUGGUGUGAAAGCGGAAGAGAUAGAUGUCCGUGGAAGUCGCCUGCGUUUGCAGAUCGUCAGCCGGAGUUUGCCCCGGCCAGCCCAACAGACCACAGUCUGGCAAGUCCUGCAGGAGAACGGGGGGAACGUGGAGCCUUCAGGCGACAGGAAGGGGAGCAAGGUCAAGAUGGAGGAUUGUCAGUAUGGAGGAAGGGAGCCACAGGCUGUGUCCGGGAAAGCAUCACAGAUGGGCCAAGCGAAUGUGCUGGAGACAGCUGAGAUGCACAAAGAAGGAUGCAAGUCCAGUAAGGGACAGGAGACGGAGGCAGAGGGAAGAGAGAAUGAAUGUCAUAAAGUCACAGAAGUUCUUACAGCUGAUGUUAGCCCCCCUUCCAAAGGACGCACAAGGGACAACAUGCCCAUGUUUUCCAAGUACGGUAGAAGAUAUCGCUACAAGUUACAACCUGAUAUGAUAGAUGCCAGGGAGGAUCAGGACGAAUGCCCCAUGACAGAUGAAAAUCUCCACCAAAAUCCACGCUUUGAUCAGUAUCAACAAACUAUUAAAGGUGGGUGUAAGUCUGAAUUUUCUGAGAAUAGCAAAGAGGGUAAUUCGAAUGGACUUCAGUUUAACCACCCAGAAGACAAAUCUCAAACCUCUACUGAGUGUGUACAGAGCUUUAUUUAUUCAAAGACUCUAAAGCGUAAUCAAGAAAUUCAAAGUGUGGGGAGACCAUAUGAAUGUUCUCAUUGUCGGAAAUGCUUCCACCAGAGAGAAGAAUUGAUGAAUCAUGAGCAACUUCAUAAUGGAGAGAAGAGGCAUGAAGAUCCUGAGUCGGAGGAAAUCUUCACUAGACAUGAGAAAAUUGAUACUAGAUUGAAACCACACAAAUGUCCUCAGUGUGGGAAAUGCUUCAGAGUGAAAAGCACGUUGAAGAUCCAUCAGAGAACUCAUACUGGAGAGAAACCGUACAAAUGCCCAGAGUGUGAGAAAAGCUUCACUCAACAAAUCAUUUUGAAGAUCCGUCAUAGAACUCAUACUGGAGAGAAGCCAUACAAAUGUUCUCAGUGUGGGAGGUGCUUCACUAAGAGAGACAAGUUGAAGAAACAUCAUAGAACUCAUACUGGAGAGAAACCAUACAAAUGUUCUCAUUGUGGGAAGUGCUUCACUGUGACAAGAAGUUUGAGAAGACACCAGAGAAUUCAUUCUGGAGAGAAACCAUACAAAUGUUCUCAGUGUGGGAAGUGCUUCGGCGUGAACACCAAUUUCAAGAGACAUCAGAAAAUUCAUUCUGGAGAGAAACCAUACAAAUGUUCACAGUGCGGGAAAAGCUUCACUCAAAUAGGCAUUUUGAAGAUCCAUCAUAGAACUCAUACUGGAGAGAAACCAUACAAAUGUUCUCAGUGUGAGAGAUGCUUCACUAAGAGAGACCAUUUGAGAAGACACCAGAGAAUUCAUUCUGGAGAGAAACCAUACAAAUGUCCUCAUUGUGCGAGGUGCUUCAGCGAGGGAAGCACGUUAAAGAGGCAUUGUAGAACUCAUACUGGAGAGAAACCGUACAAAUGCCCUGAGUGUGAGAAAAGCUUCGCUUGGCUAAGCAUUUUGAAGAUCCAUCAAAGAACUCAUACUGGAGAGAAACCAUACAAAUGUUCUCAGUGUGGGAAGUGCUUCAGCGAGAAAGCCAAGUUGAAGAAACAUCAGAGAACUCAUACUGGAGAGAAACCAUACAAAUGUUCACAGUGCGGGAAGUGCUUCAGCGAGAAAGACAAGUUGAACAGACAUCAGAGAAUUCAUUCUGGAGAGAAACUAUUUAUAAUGCCUUGA